AUGAAAUUAAAUUUUAUUAACAAUUAUUUAUCAAUACAGUUUAAGACGUUGGGAAUUUGUAUUGCCAAUUAUCCUAGUUACUUUAUUACCAUUCCUAUAUUUGUAUCCGUAAUACUUGCUACGGGUCUUCAAAAAUGGCAUGAAAAUAAUAAUGUAAAAUAUCUUCUCGCUCCCGAAAACACCAGACACAUUAAAGAAGAAGCUGUCAUUGGAAAAUUAUUCCCAAUGAAUUUAUCAUUCAAUGCCAGGAUGGAACGAAUGAAUAGAGAACCGUGUUUAGCAGUUGUUCUAAUUACAGCCAAAGACAAAGGAUCCAUUCUUCGCCAGCAUAUAUUUCAAGAAAUCUUUCUUCUAGACAAAAUCAUUUGGAAUAUAACUACUACGGGGAUUAAAAAUAUGAAAUACGAAGAUCUUUGUGCAAGAAAUAAUAAGAAAUGCUUCGUUAAUUCUAUACUUUCGCUUAAAGAGAAGAUAGAAAAUACCAAUAAAGGAAAUUAUUCUAUAAAAUAUCCUUUAGGUAGAGAAGGAAAAUAUGAUAUUCAUUUCAAUAGUGUAUAUCUAGGAGGAGUCGAAUUGGAUAAUAACAAUAACGUAAUGAGCGCGAAAGCUUUGAGGUUAUUUUAUUACUUGAAUGAUGAUUCAAUUUAUCGAAAAAGAAAUGCAGAGAAAUGGUUAACGAGAUUCUUGGAUACGAUGGAAUCGACCACUACCCAGUUUAUAACUAUUGAUAGAUACACUUCAAUUUCUAUUGAUAAAGAAUUCAGCACGGUUGUACAUCGGAUAUUUCCUCGAAUACCUUUAGCAAUAAUAGCAAUAUUAAUAUUUUCGAUAUUAACUUGUUUAUAUAAUAGUUGGAUAGAAAGCAAACCGUGGACUGGAGCAAUAGCUCUGACUUCGGGUGGAUUAGCUCUUGUUUCAUCGUUCGGCUUGAUCAUGUACUUUGAUGUACCAUUUAUUGCUUCGGUUGGAUCCAUUCCUUUCUUAAUUUUAGGUAUAGGCAUGGAUGAUGCAUUUGUAUUUUUAGCCGCUUGGAAGAGAACCGAUUCAAAGAAAAGUAUCCCCGAAAGACUUGGACAAGUUUAUUCUGAAUCAGCAAUUUCUGUGACUAUAACAUCCAUUACUAAUUUUACAGCAUUCUUAUCCGGACUUUUUACACCUUAUCAAAUGGUGAGGUAUUUUUGUUUGUUUGCAUCAUUGGAUGAACCUAAAGAAAAGCAAGUAUGGUUUCGAAGAAUCUUUUGCACAAAUCAAGCCUGGAAAUCCAAAAACAAUAAAUUAAAUUCUGUUUCGACAAUUUGGGACGGACUCGGUAACAUUCUAACGCCUUGGUCCAGCAAAGUUAUCGUUUUAUUGAUAUUUUCUUUUCAUACAGCUGUGGGAUUUUGGGGAAUUACGCAUGUAGAUGUUGUAGGAAAUGCUUCUCAAUCCACUGCAUCCGAUUCAUAUUUGCUACAAUACUUUCGGAAGACAUUUACCCAUUUUUCUAAUUAUAAAAAUAGGUUUCAGAUAGUUAUUAAUCAAGAAAUUAAUUACGCAGAUGAAAAAAUUCAGAUUCAAAUUGAGAAAAUCUUAUCGGAUUUGAAAGCCAAUGAUCUAAUAGAAGAUUCUCUAACGGAAUCGUGGCUCAGAUCGUACGUAACAUUUCUGAAUAAUGAAAAGAUGUCGUACUUUCUUAAAGAUUACGAUACCAGCAAGAAGAGUGAUUUUAUUAAAGUAUUAAGACAAUUUUUCCUUCGUCAUCCCGCUGCGCAACGUUUUCGCAAUGAUAUAGCUUUCAAUUCGAACUAUAGUGCCAUAAUAGGGAGUAGAUUCUUAUGCCAGACUAAAGUCACCGAAAACGAAGAAAUCGAUAUCAUUACGUUACAGAAGACAAGAACUAUUGUGGAAAAGGCACCAUUCGAAGCAUUCCCAUACAUAUUUUAUAAUUAUUUUGCCGAUGAUGUAGAUUUACACCAUUUAGCUACUCUCUGUGUCGAUAAGUGGUGCGAUCAUUCUUUAAAACCAUGUUUCAUUGAUUGA